CCCCAUUUUGUUUGCUCAAUCUCUUUCCCCUUAAUCUUGCUACCUCUCUUUUCCUUGUUUCUUAAAAAUGGAAUACCAACCUUCGACAAGUUCAAACAUCAAUGAAAAUAUUAUCUUGAAAGAAGUUAUGGAUACUCAUGGUCCAGUUAGCAAAGAUUUUAAAGCAAGUUAUAUCCUCCACUUUGUGAAAAAGAUUCUCUUUCUUAUCAUGGUGGGUGGAAAAACCAUUUAUGAAGAUGAGGAGGAGUCGGAUGAUAAUGAACCUGACAACAACACUAUGUCUAAUGUGCCUCAUGAGAUGGAACUCAAAGACACAGAACAUUCCUAUCAAAUAAAACGGCUUUCAUUUGAGAUAGCAAUAAGGUGUUCAGAAAAUGCUGCAGUUGAUCCACACUCAACUGUAAUGCAUUUUCUGAAAAUGUUGUGUGCAUAUCCAUGGGAAGGCAAACUUUUGAUGAUGUUGGCCGCUUUCGCCAUCAACUUUGGAGAAUUCAACCUCCAAGCUCGCAAGGGAAGUAAAACUCCAUUAUUGGCUAUGGCACCCUCUCAUAUCCAACAAUCCAUUUCCCUUUUUAUCAAAUCAAUCUUACGUCUUACUGACGCCAUGGUUGAGCUUGCACAAUCAUCUUCAUAUAAUUCUUCACCAGUCAUACCGCAUGCUUCUUAUUGGAUCUUUACAAGUAUCAUAACUUUUGCAUCCUAUUUCCGUUGCCUUCCGAAUACUCUUGAUUCAGAGUGGCUUUCGGACAAUGUAUCAAAGCUAUCCAGUUUAACUGUCACUCUCAAAGAUAUAUUCUCUUAUUGCGGCCCAAUGCUAGAAAUGAAGAAAGAAGAGGAUUCUUACAACGCAUUGUGGUGUGCAUUCUCGGAUGAUAAUCCAGUCCCUUCCACUAAUUUGGAUGUUCUCAAAUUAAUAUUUAAUGUUAAUGAUGUUGACAAAGAGAAACCUUUAUUUGAUCCAAAAGGCAGAAUGGUAGGAUUACGUUCAUUUGAGAACAAAAAGUUGGUAUUGCUUAUAACGUCACACCUUGACAUUGACUAUUCACUGGUGCUUGCAUCCCUCUUUUUUGAGGGCGGGAUAGCUCGAUUGUGGAUUCCUAUAGUGAAUGAUCCCACUUUAUGGGAUACUGCUGCUAUGGAAAAUGAUUAUAGAAGAUUAGCAAACAUGGCCAAAGUCCAUACAGUAAAAAAUGUACAAAAAUAUAUAGCAUCAGGAUUUGCAAGAUUUGUUAAAAAGAAAUUCUUCCCAACUUUUCAAAUAGGGAGUGGGCCUAUCUUUGUUUUACUGGAUCACCAAGGAAGGAUGUUUCACUGCAUUGCAACACACAUGAUAGUAAAGAGAAUUAUAGAUAUUGCUUCAAAGGGUGCUGGUCUUCCUGAAUUUAUGAAGAGAGAUAGCAAAAUUCCAUUGUUCAAGAAUGUGUUGAAGGAAAUGACUUUAUCUGUUAGACAUUUAGUGUUUGACAUUGAUGAGAAGAUAACUGAUUUUGCUAAUAAAAUGGAUAGUAAUUUGGAUGAAUGGCUUGAUGACAUUGAGAGUGAUAUACGAAAUUCGGCUGAUAGCAUCAUGUUCAAAGCUAUAAUGGAAGAAGAUCCUUGGAAGGAAAAAACUUGGUGCACUAAUCUUCUAAUGGGAAAUCACUUCUUUAUCCCACGAGCAAAGGAAUGGGUUAAUGCGAAUGAGAACAUAUUUUUCAUUGGAGGGAAGGCCAUUAAAUGGGUUAAAACAUUUGCAUCCAAGGUAUUAACAGAAAUUCAUUUUAACCCGCAACUUACAAUUAAGAUGGCCUAUGUCGGUAGCAACUAUAAAGUAGCAUCAACGAUUCGUCAAGACAGGAUUUGUGAGACAUUUGAAAGAAAUGAAGAAGAUCAAUUUUGUUUUUGGAUGAAUCUUCAAGGCAUAUUUUUUUCAAGGAUCAAAUUCUUAGAUGAGACUUAUGGUGAUGAAGAGAGUGACGAAAUUGUCAAUGGACUAAAACUUUUGUUAGCAUAUGAAACUAAAGGAGUAGCCGUUGAUGGAUGGGUUUUGCUAUGCAAAGGGAACAAGAUAGUCUUGUAUGACCUAGGAAAGAAGAUGUUGACAGUCAUGAAUGAGUACGCGAAAUGGAAGGAAAGUGCAAUAGUCAAAGGCUUUGACCAAGCAUUCAAAGAUCACCAUCAAGAGAUGUUUGGCUCUACCUGUACUACUCCACAACAUCACCCUUGUGCUCUUGAAUAUCCAUCUAAUUUUGACAAAGUCCCAGAGAAUAUAAAAUGUCCUCAACGUUGUCAUAAUAUGCGAAAAUUUGUCACUUUCAAGUGUUAUCAUGAACAUUGAUGUAAAGAACUUAAAGAACUUUAUGAUAUGGAAGAGGAUUAGGAUAUACUUGUAUUGGUUGAUAUGAACACAAUAUGUAUUUGCAUUUGUCGUAUGUAAUGGUUUUUUUAUCAUGUAAUUUAAUUUAUUUUUUUU